UCUUAGAAAUUGUGUUCAGCCGUAUUUAACUUAAAGAAUGGGAUAUAUUGAUUAUAUUUAAUGUGGUACGAUUGCUGAUAUUCUAUUUAAACAGAAAAAAUGUUUUCGCGCACGAGAUUUCUUUUCUCAAGAGUUCUUCCUCUAAAAAGUGGUUUUAAGUUAGAAUACAAAAAUGAAGCUCGUAUAUUGUGCGGAAUCACAGCUGUGAGACAUCGUUCAACGACUCCACUUAAUACUAUUGUUAUGUUUGUUCCUCAACAAGAGGCAUGGAUUGUCGAACGAAUGGGAAAAUUCCAUAGAAUACUUGAACCAGGGUUAAAUUUGCUCUGGCCUGUGGUAGACAAGAUUAAAUAUGUACAAAGUUUGAAAGAAAUAGCAAUAGAUGUUCCGAAGCAAAGUGCAAUCACAUCUGAUAAUGUCACACUUAGUAUCGAUGGAGUGUUGUACUUAAGGAUAAUUGAUCCCUAUUUGGCAUCUUAUGGUGUGGAAGAUCCAGAGUUUGCGAUAACACAGCUGGCUCAAACAACUAUGCGUUCUGAAUUGGGACAAAUAUCACUCGACAAGGUUUUUAGAGAAAGGGAAUCUCUCAAUGUAUCAAUAGUCCAUGCGAUUAACAAAGCCAGUGAAGCCUGGGGUAUUACGUGUCUGAGAUAUGAAAUACGUGAUAUAAAGCUUCCAACUAGAGUCCACGAAGCUAUGCAGAUGCAAGUUGAAGCAGAAAGACGAAAACGAGCCGCUAUUUUAGAAUCGGAGGGUGUCCGUGCCGCUGACAUUAAUGUAGCCGAGGGAAAGCGACAGGCUAGAAUACUGGCAUCAGAGGCUGAGAAACAAGAACAGAUAAACAAGGCAUCGGGAGAGGCUCAAGCAAUGUUGGCUGUGGCAGAAGCAAGAGCUCGAGGACUGACAAUGAUUGCUAGUGCACUAUCACAACCGGAAAGCAAAAACGCAGCAUCUCUGACACUCGCUGAGCAGUAUGUAGCAGCUUUCAACAAGCUUGCGAGAACAACCAAUACACUCAUAUUGCCCGCUAACGCAGGAGAUGUUACUAAUUUGGUUGGCCAGGCUAUGUCAAUAUAUUCAACAGUGGCCUCACACAAUAAACAAGUACCUCAUGGAGAGCCGAUAGUUCCAGAUAUAAUGUAUGAUGAUCCUUUAUUCAAAUUAAGUGCAUUAAAUGAAAAAGGAACAACAUUAGCCGGACAGCCAGUGCCAAAUGAAGAUGACAAUUUAGCAGAAUAUUACUCUGAUGACGAAGAAAGGGAGAAAGCAUUGCAAGCACAAAAAGAAAAGGAACAAUUUAAUAUAGUUGAUAAAAAAAAAUAGAAUUGUUAAGAAUAAAUAUGCCUGUUACUAAAUAAA